CCAUUCGAUUAAUAGGAAACGCCUAUGCCCCAAGGGGGGACAUUAAUAGCCUCGUGACAACAUGACCUAUGACUCAACAGUGGGUUCAACUAAUGGUGAUUAUUUUUCUAGAUUCACAUACAAUGUUAAUUGUGAUGAAAUCCCGAUGCGGUAUUUCAACUGGGCUGAGCCAGACAUGCCUGAUUAUGUGUCUUUUGAUACUACUUCCACAAAGAACAGCAGGGAGGGUAGUUUAGCCAGAUUAACAGCAGUUCGUGAUGUAAUGGCCGAGAAUGAUGUUGAUGCUUACGUCAUACCUACAGCUGACGCACACAACUCGCAGUACAUAGCACCGGCGGAUGCUCGUCGUGUAUGGCUGUCAGGACUGCAAGGCUCAUCAGGUACAGUCGUGGUGACAGCCACAGAAGCACUCGUAUGGACAGACAGCAGAUAUUUCACGCAAUUCGAGAUACAAGUCAACACAGAACACUUCAAACUCAUGAGACAAGGUACUGAUGCGUCUAUUCAGAGUUGGUUGGUGGACAAUAUGGCCCAAAAUUCCGUAGUGGGUAUAGACCCAACUACUUAUACGCGUACCGCUUGGAUAACUUUAGAGGCAGCACUAAGAGCUGUCAAUGUAACAUUAAAAUCAACGCCACAAAAUCUGGUGGAUAUAGCGAGGGAGAGGAUUGGUGAUCCUGCACCAAACAGACCUAAUGAUGAUCUGAUACCUCUCAAUGUCAAUUUCACAGGUGAGUGAGUUACGAGCUAGAGUUCUGAAU